ACGUCGUUUUGUUCCGUGCUGUUGUGGCUGCAGAUUAUUUUUCCCCCCGAAGCGCGCUCGGAUGGGGACCGACAGAGUACUUCUGAAGGCAGCCCGAACAAUCAAGCCGGAUACAUAGUAGUGGUUAAUGUUCCAUUGGGAGAAAAGGAUUAACGUUCGACUUGCUGGCGCGUGAUACCAGUUACGAAAUGAUCUUGCAGUAUUUGCCUAGCUAGCGGCGAGCGAUUCUUAUUUGUACAGGAGCCAUCGAGCUACCUGCAAUUAUUGAAUGGCACUCUGAACUCCUCCUGCCUGUAGUUUUGGUUGACCAGAUCACACUCACUCAGCCCUAGAGAACGGGCCCUGGACAGUAGUAUGGACUACGAGAGACCCAAUGUUGAGACCAUUAAGUGUGUUGUGGUGGGGGACAACGCCGUAGGGAAGACACGGCUGAUCUGUGCUCGGGCCUGCAACACCACUCUGAACCAGUACCAACUACUGGCCACACACGUCCCGACGGUCUGGGCUAUAGACCAGUACAGAGUCUGUCAAGAGGUGUUGGAGCGCUCCAGGGAUGUGGUGGAUGAGGUCAGUGUGUCUCUCAGGCUGUGGGACACCUUUGGCGAUCAUCAUAAAGACAGACGCUUCGCAUACGGAAGGUCAGACGUGGUUGUGCUGUGUUUCUCCAUCGCCAACCCCAACUCUCUGCAUCACGUCAAGACCAUGUGGCACAUGGAGAUCAAGCACUUUUGUCCCAGGACGCCUGUCAUCCUGGUGGGUUGUCAGCUGGACCUGCGUUACGCUGAUCUGGAGGCCGUCAACAGGGCCAGGAGGCCACUAGCCAGGCCGAUAAAGCCCGGAGACAUCCUUCCUCCAGAGAGUGGCCGGGAGGUGGCCAAGGAGCUGGGCAUCUCCUACUAUGAGACCAGUGUGUUCGACCAGUUUGGCAUCAAGGACAUCUUCGACAAUGCCAUUCGAGCCGCGCUCAUCUCCCGUCGACACCUGCAGUUCUGGAAGUCCCACCUCCGGAAGGUCCAGAAGCCCCUCCUCCAGGCGCCCUUCCUGCCGCCCAAAGCACCGCCCCCUCUCAUCAAGAUUCCAGAGUGUGUCAUCAACAACGGGGAGGGUCCUGGCCUCCUAUUGGACAGUCCUCUUUGUGCUGACGUCAUGUUCAUCCUCCAGGACCACAUCCACAUCUUCGCCCACAAGAUCUACCUCUCUACCUCCUCCUCUAAGUUUUAUGACCUGUUCCAGAUGGACUUCAGUGACGAGUCCCAGUGCCUGGUGGUGACGGAACGGCAUGCCCGGGACUCUCUCCUCAGGACCCUUAGUCUGGACACAGAGGAGGACGUGGCUGUGCUCCCCAACCUCUCUCCCUGCUCCCUCCGGGCCUCAAAGAGUGACGGCACCCUGAAGAUGAUGAGCUUCUCUGGUAAGCACCGGCGCACCAAGCUGUCCUUGGCCUCCUGGAGCAAGGCCUUCUACAGCAUCCACAAGGAGAGUGUGACCAACCCUGUGACGGGCUCGGCUCACAUGACGGUGGUGAAGAUGGACUACUCCAUCCAGCUGGGUCCGUUCAGUGCCGUGUUGAGGUUCCUCUACACUGGGGAGCUGGAUGAAGAGGAGCGGGAUCUGAUGAAGAUCGCCCAGAUCGCAGAGGUCCUGGAGGUGUUUGACCUGAGGAUGAUGGUGGAAAACAUCAUGAACCAUGAAGGCUUCAUGAACCAGGAAAUCACCAAGGCCUUCCACGUCAGGAAAUCCAACCGCAUCAAGGAGUGUCUCAACAAGAACACCUUCACAGACGUCACCUUCAGGUUGGAGGAUGGAACCAUCAAUGCUCACAGACCUCUGCUCAUCUCCUCCUGUGAUUGGAUGGCUGCUGUGUUCGGAGGAUCCUUCAUGGAGAGUGCUAACAACGAGGUCUCGUUCCCAGGCACCAGCAGGGUGUGUAUGCAGGCUGUUCUGGAGUAUCUCUACACCAAUCAGCUUUGUCCCAUGGCAGAGCUGGACCCUAUGGAGCUGACGGCCCUGGCUAACAGACUCUGUCUCCCCAGACUGACUGCUCUGACAGAACACUAUGCUGUGAGUGAGCUGGUGAAAGCCUCCAAAGAUGGACAGGAUAUAGACUGCAGUACUCAAUAUCUGGAACUGGCUCAGUUCCAUAAUGCUAACCAGUUAGCAGCUUGGUGCUUACAUCACAUCUGCACUCACUACAACAAUGUCUGUGCCAACUAUCGCAAAGAGAUCAAGGCCAAAUCUGCACAGAACCAGGAAUAUUUUGAGAAGCACCGCUGGCCCCCAGUGUGGUACCUGAAGGAGGAGGACCACUACCAGCGGGUGAGGAAGGAGAGGGAGAAAGAGGACGUGGUUCUCAACAAGCACCACAGCAGACGACGUUGGUGCUUCUGGAGCACCUCCCCUGCCGUGGCCUGAGAGGUCUGCCUAACCCCAAACCGCCCAGGGAAUCUGCCUCCUGCCCCGUGCUCCAGCUUCUAACCCUGCACCCCGCAAAGAGGUCCCAACAACACACGCCGUACCAAUGUUUUACUGUUAGAUCAUCUGAGCAUCAAAACAGGAAAUAACUAUCUGACGAUGCACUGUUAUGUGCCACCCUCUUCAUCUUGAUGCACUGUCAGGUCCUACCCUCUUCUCUUGAUGCACUGUCAUGUGCCACCCUCUUCUCUUGAUGCACUGUCAUGUGCCACCCUCUUCUCUUGAUGAACUGUCAGGUCCUACCCUCUUCUCUUGAUGAACUGUCAUGCCCUACCCUCUUCUAUUGUCAAUACACUGUCUGGUCCUACCCUCUUCUCUUGAUGAACCGUCAUGCCCUACCCUCUUCUAUUGAUGAUACACUGUCUGGCCCUACCCUCUUCUAUUGAUGAACUGUCAGGUCCUACCCUCUUCUCUUGACAAUACACUGUCUGGUCCUACCCUCUUCUAUUGAUGAACUGUCAGGCCCUACCCUCUUGAUGAUAAAGUUUCAGGCCCUACCCUCUUGAUGAUGCACUGUCAGGCCCUACCCUCUUGAUGAUACACUGUCAGGCCUUACCCUCUUGAUGAUACACUGUCAGGCCCUACCCUCUUGAUGAUAAACUUUCAGGCCCUACCCUCUUGAUGAUAAACUUUCAGGCCCUACCCUCUUGAUGAUGCACUGUCAGGCCCUACCCUCUUCUUUUGAUGAUACACUGUCUGGCCCUACCCUCUUCUCUUGAUGAACUGUCAGGUCCUACCCUCUUCUCUUGAUGAACUGUCAGGUCCUACCCUCUUCUAUUGAUGAUACACUGUCUGGUCCUACCCUCUUCUCUUGAUACACUGUCUGGCCCUACCCUCUUCUAUUGAUGAACUGUCAGGUCCUACCCUCUUCUCUUGACAAUACACUGUCUGGUCCUACCCUCUUCUAUUGAUGAACUGUCAGGCCCUACCCUCUUGAUGAUACACUGUCAGACCCUACCCUCUUGAUGAUACACUGUCAGGCCCUACCCUCUUGGUGAUACACUGUCAGGCCCUACCCUCUUGGUGAUACACUGUCAGGCCCUACCCUCUUGAUGAUACACUGUCAGACCCUACCCUCUUGAUGAUACACUGUCUGGCCCUACCCUCUUGAUGAUACACUGUCAGGCCCUACCCUCUUGGUGAUACACUGUCAGGCCCUACCCUCUUGGUGAUACACUGUCAGGCCCUACCCUCUUGAUGAUACACUGUCUGGCCCUACCCUCUUGAUGAUACACUGUCUGGCCCUACCCUCUUGAUGAUACACUGUCAGGCCCUACCCUCUUGAUGAUACACUGUCAGGCCCUACCCUCUUGAUGAUACACUGUCUGGCCCUACCCUCUUGAUGAUACACUGUCUGGUCCUACCCUCUUGAUGAUACACUGUCUGGUCCAACCCUCUUCUCUUGAUGAUACACUGUCAGGUCCAACCCUCUUCUCUUGAUGAUACACUGUCAGGUCCAACCCUCUUCUCUUGAUGAUACACUGUCAGGUCCAACCCUCUUCUCUUGAUGAUACACUGUCAGGUCCAACCCUCUUGAUGAUACACUGUCAGGUCCAACCCUCUUCUCUUGAUGAUACUGUCAGGUCCAACCCUCUUCUCUUGAUGAUACACUGUCAGGUCCAACCCUCUUCUCUUGAUGAUACACUGUCAGGUCCAACCCUCUCUGCUUGGGUCCACAUGAAUAACCUCCACAUGGCAGGGCUCUACAGAGGGUACAUUUUACUUACAUUUGCGCCUAAAUAUUUUGCUGUGCAACCUGGAAUUUGAAUUUAGGAGCACCGGUGCACCUAUAAAAAUGAAGUAUUCUCGCUACGUUGUUCAACCUGUCAACGUAGUGUGGUAUGUGCUUUCUGUUUGACAUGUAACAUUAUGGAUGUAAAUUGUGAUUGUUGAUGUUAGCUGCAGCCACCGACACCAGCCCUGGAUCUCAGUCUGAAUCAUAAAUGAUGCAAAAAUAACUCUGAACCUGAUGAAACACAGGACCUGUUCGUAGACGGGGCUUCAUGCAGCCUUGGAAUAUCAACAACAACAACAACGUUGAAAGUACGUCUUGUGCUCACUGGGAUACUGAUACAGCUCCAGGGAUAAACAGAGCUCCUGAUUGAAUCGAUCCCCAGGUCGGUAUGUUGAACCCAGCUGGAGGUGUUUCUCUGUAUUCUGAAACACCUGUUCCUUUAACCCACCUGGUGAUGGUAAAGGGGAAACUCUAUACUUGAAAUCAAUGUGUUUUUAUUCAUCAGAUGUAUAGUAGGCUUUCUUUAGUUAACCAAAGCCAUAACUAGUCAGUUUAUCAUAUUUUAAUAUAUAUACCAUGUGAUUAUUUAUUUGUUGGUGAUAUUUACUAUAGAAACCAAGUGGCUGGUUCUCUUGGUUCCUGCUGUCAAAGGUCUUUGAUCUAGCUGCUCAUCAUCCUUCAUAUUCUUUAUAACCAAGUGGCUGGUUCUCUUGGUUCCUGCUGUCAAAGGUCUUUGAUCUAGCUGCUCAUCAUCCUUCAUCUUCUUUAUAACCAAGUGGCUGGUUCUCUUGGUUCCUACUGUCAAAGGUCUUUGAUCUUGCUGCUCAUCAUCCUUCAUCUUCUUUAUAACCAAGUGGCUGAUUCUCUUGGUUCCUGCUGUCAAAGGUCUUUGAUCUAGCUGCUCAUCAUCCUUCAUCUUCUUCUUCUUAUUUAAAGGGAAUGUUGUUGAAUAAAUGAUUUGACUUAAUAGCUUUAUUCUAGUUUUGAACUGCCCAGUGUAUAUCCUAGGGUCUGGACUGUUGGUCUAAAGGUUAAUGCAGACAAUAUGUACUGUUUCAAUCCUCAUACUGAGACGAGCCUGAGUGCCAGUCUGUUCCUGCUAAUAUGUUUGGGUUGACGAUUCCAUAAGGAGUUGGCAAGAGAGCAGAAAUGUUUGUUUCACAUACCUGUCAAUAAUACUAUAUGAAUCAAAUUCAGAUGUAAUGUUUGUUUCACAUACCUAUUAAUAAUGCUAUUGUAAUCAUGGGUUUAUGCUUUUGAGUGGAGCACCAUCAGCUGAACCCGUCAUGUAGAACAAGUUAUUCAACUGAUUAGAGUUCAGUACAACACUAUUAUAUAGAAGGAUAUGUUGCUGUUAUGAACGUGUAAACAUCAGAGGGAGAGAGAAAGGUUUGGCAACAACCACUCAGCCUCACUCUGUCAGGAGAGGAGAGGAGGGGGAGGGGAGGGAGCAGAGCAGCCUGUACCCAAGCUGUCACUGAGGAGCCAGACCAACACUGUAUACAUAACAGCUUUGGAACACAAUGUCACAUUCUAUUAUUAGUAAUGAUCAUCAUUAUAUUGCCUGGUGAUUCUAUAACCAAUGUCAACAUGAGUGUAUUAUAAUCAACCUACAAUAAAAGAAAGUUGUAGUUCCAGUA